UGCCAUACAGACUGAAUCUGAUUGGCAGCAGCACACACCGCGUUGCGAGCGAGCUAAGGACAGCAUCAUAAACUGAGCAUUUUCACCGCUGUAAACAUUAAACAUUAUAAACAGCAUCACUGCUUUAGUUCCCAAGCUUUUAACAAAGACUUCUAACGGGUGCGUUUUCAGUGUGUUAAAACACCAGGUGAAAAUGCUCUCCAAGACGCAUUUGAAAGAGAUAAUAAAUUGUUUCGAGACGCCUACAAGACACGACUCGGCCAAAGACCUGUAUCAAGAAGCGGGCUUACAAGAUGUCUUUCCAUGCUGGCCGCGGAUGCCCAAGGGGAAGGCCAGCCACUCCAGGUCCAAUGUACCGGCCCACACCGCCGCGGUAUCACUACGACCCUCCUGCUGCUCCCGGUCCUAUCUAUAACCCUCAGGGUGGCAGUGGAUACAUGCCACCUCACCCUGACUUCAUGCCUUUCCACUUCCCUCCACCAUCACAGGGUUCUAAUGUUCUGCCCCAAUGUCCCUUACGCCCACCGGUCUUCCCAGAGCCGCCCCCUUUUCCUCCACCUGCUCCUCACAGCUCAGAUGGCUCGGCUCCCAUCCCGGUUCAGAGCUCUUACCCCUACAUGAUGCCCACAGUCCCCCCCCCACCAUUGCCACCUGUGCCCCCCUCAGUGCCACCCUCCAUGCCCUACUCGCCAUCAUAUCCCAUGAGCUACCCUCCACAGCCACAGCUCCCCCCUCCACCCAGUUUCAAUCCAGCUUACGUGCAGCCCGGAGGUUCCUACAAACCUGAACGCCCCCGCACGAACACUCUGCAAUACAAGACGGACUCAUGUUCCCGCUCGCCCGAGAGACUCCGUCACCAUGAUGACCACCGGCACAGGGGCCACAGCUAUGGAGGAUAUGGAAGUCGACAUAACCGUGAGUUUGGAGGAGAGAAACGGGACAGAGGGUGCAGUUCAGAGCGCAGGCGGUCAGACAGCCCUCGGUGUAAAGCGGACUACGAUAGAGGACGUGUGCCAUCAAGACACCGCAGCAGAGAACGAUAUCGGCAUAGAGACGAGCCAGGUUCGCCCCCGUCAGACAGACACAGGAAACACAUUCACAGUCGCUCAGGCAGUCGAGAGAGAAAGCGCCGCCGUGUGGAGGAAGAGAAAGAGAGGAGAACAGAUGGAGCCUCGAGCAGUCGAGAGAGAGCUGUGAACUUAAGCAGGAGUAGAGAUGCAGAGGAGACGUCCACUGACCGCCAUGAGGAGGAGAAAGGAGAGGAAGAGUUACUCAAACCUGCCUGGAUCCGCUGCACACAUGCUGAGAAUUACUACUCCAACGACCCAAUGGACCAAGUGGGUGACUCUACAGUCGUGGGAACCAGCAAGUUGAGAGAUCUGUACGAGCGCUUUGAGGAAGAGCUUGGCCGGAGGCAGGAGCGGGCCAAAUCCAUCAGGCCUAAAUGGGAACCACCCAAGACCAAACUGGACCAGGAUCAGGAAGAGAGCUCCAGCGAAUCAGAGUGCGAGUCUGAUGGAGGUGGUAGCAGCUGCUCCAGUAGCUCUGACUCUGAGGUGUUUGAUGUCAUUGCUGAGAUCAAGAGGAAGAAAGCUCACCCUGACCGCCUCCAUGAGGAGCUGUGGUACAAUGACCCUGGACAGAUGAAUGAUGGACCAUUAUGCAAGUGCAGUGCCAAAGCCAGACGAACUGGAAUUCGACACAGUAUUUACCCUGGUGAACAGCCGGUGAAAGAGUGUCGGCCGAUGAGUAACAAUGCCGGCAAGCUGUUCCACUACAGAAUAACUGUGUCCCCACCUACCAACUUCCUGACAGAUAGACCCACGGUUAUUGAGUAUGACGAUCAUGAGUACCUGUUUGAAGGCUUUUCCUGCUUUUCUCACACACCACUUACUAAUAUCCCUUUGUGUCGGGUUAUUCGCUUCAACAUUGAUUACACCAUCCACUUUAUAGAAGAGAUGUCACCUGAGAACUACUGCGUUAAAGGCCUGGAGCUGUUUUCCUCAUACCUCUUUAAAGACAUCUUGGAGUUGUACGAUUGGAACCUCACCGCUCCUGAAGAAAACGGCCCCACAGGUUGUCAGAGGUUUCAUUUCAUGCCACGGUUUGUUCGGUUCCUCCCGGAUGGAGGAAAGGAGGUGCUGUCAAUGCACCAGGUGCUGCUGUAUCUGCUGCGCAGCAGCACGCCUCUGGUUCCCGAGGAGGAGAUCGCAAAUAUGCUACAGUGGGAGGAGCUGGAGUGGCAGAAAUAUGCUGAGGAGUGCAAGGGCAUGAUUGUCACCAACCCUGGCAUGAAACCCAGCUCUGUGAGGAUUGACCAGUUAGACCGCGAGCAGUUCAACUCCAGUGUCAUCACUUUCCCCAUCAUUGUGCAUUUUGGUAUCCGACCUGCUCAGCUUAGCUAUGCUGGAGACCCACAGUAUCAAAAGUUGUGGAAAAGUUACGUGAAAUUGCGGCAUCUGCUGGCCAACAGCCCAAAGGUUAAACAAAUUGACAAACAGAAGUUAACGCAAAGGGAGGAAGCGCUGCAGAAGAUCAGGCAGAAGAAUACGAUGAGAAGGGAGGUCACAGUGGAGCUCAGCAGUCAGGGUUUCUGGAAGACUGGAAUCCGCUCUGAUGUCUGCCAGCAUGCCAUGAUGCUGCCAGUUCUCACCCACCACAUCCGCUACCACCAGUGCCUGAUGCAUUUGGACAAGCUGAUCGGUUACAUGUUCAAGGAACGAUGCCUGCUGCAGUUGGCAAUGACUCACCCCAGUCAUCAUCUUAAUUUUGGGAUGAAUCCUGACCAUGCUCGCAACUCUCUGUCCAACUGUGGAAUACGCCAGCCCAAAUAUGGAGACCGGAAAGUGCAUCAUAUGUAUAUGAGGAAAAAAGGAAUUAACACCUUAAUCAACAUUAUGUCACGGUUGGGCCAGGAUGACCCAUCACCCUCCAGAAUCAAUCAUAAUGAGCGCUUGGAGUUUCUUGGUGAUGCAGUUGUUGAGUUCCUGACCAGUGUGCAUCUCUACUACCUGUUCCCAAGUCUGGAGGAGGGAGGACUCGCCACAUAUCGCACAGCAAUCGUUCAGAAUCAGCAUCUUGCUAUGCUUGCUAAGAAAUUGGAGUUGGAUCGGUUCAUGUUAUAUGCUCACGGCCCUGACCUGUGCAGAGAAUCAGACCUCCGACACGCCAUGGCAAACUGUUUUGAAGCCCUGAUAGGGGCCGUUUACCUAGAAGGUGGUUUAGAGGAAGCCAAGCAACUGUUUGGGAGACUGCUGUUCAACAGUGAGGACCUGAGGGAUGUUUGGCUCAACUACCCACCUCAUCCUUUACAGGUGCAGGAGCCACUGACAGACAGGCAGUUGAUCGAGUCAUCUCCAGUUCUACAGAAACUCACUAAUUUUGAAGACGCCAUUGGAGUGCUGUUCACUCACGUCCGUCUCCUCGCACGGGCCUUCACUCUGCGAACAGUUGGCUUCAACCACCUCACCCUAGGCCACAACCAGAGGAUGGAGUUCCUGGGAGAUUCUAUUAUGCAGCUGGUGGCAACUGAAUAUCUGUUCAUCCACUUCCCAGACCAUCAUGAAGGACAUUUGACACUCCUGCGCAGCUCAUUGGUGAAUAACCGGACUCAGGCAAAGGUUGCAGAGGAAUUGGGCAUGCAGGAAUAUGCCAUCACCAAUGACAAGACCAAACGGCCUGUUGCCCUGCGGACCAAGACUUUAGCCGAUCUACUGGAGUCAUUCAUUGCAGCUCUUUACAUAGAUAAAGACCUGGAGUUUGUGCACACAUUUAUGAAUGUUUGCUUCUUCCCACGACUCAAGGAGUUCAUCUUGAACCAGGACUGGAAUGAUCCAAAAUCGCAGCUGCAGCAGUGCUGUUUAACCUUGCGGACAGAGGGCAAAGAGCCAGACAUUCCUCUAUACAAAACACUUCAGACAGUUGGACCAUCUCAUGCCAGGACCUACACAGUGGCAGUGUAUUUUAAAGGUGAACGUAUUGGCUGUGGAAAAGGACCAAGCAUUCAACAAGCCGAGAUGGGUGCAGCCAUGGAUGCCCUGGAGAAAUAUAACUUUCCUCAGAUGGCACAUCAGAAACGCUUCAUCGAAAGAAAGUACCGGCAAGAACUGAAGGAGAUGAGACGAGAGCGAGAGCGUCAGGAGAGAGAUAGUGAUGAAGGGUAGAACAGCAGAAAGUGAAGGGAAAAAAGCAGGAUGUUAUAGGAAUGAAUGUUAAUCAUAAAUCAAAGGUGAAGAUUGACUGGACUACCAGAGCACAUCAUUUGGUCAAAAAAUCUUUUGUAGUUUAACAUGAAAAACUGAUCAUAAUCUAGAACAGCAUUUUAAACAAUAUUUUGUCCAUUUGGGAUUUUUUGGAUUUUGGAAAAGUGGCUGUUACAUACCAGCAUGGAGACAGGUGAAUGAAGGGGAAGGAGUCAUUCCAGAUUUUCUCUUUGUUCCAUGUUUUUUGUUUUUUUUUCCUUCCAGAUCUUCUGGUAUUUACUCUGUCACUUCCACAUCCUUUUUUAUGAAGUUGUCUAUGUACAUUGUUUACACUUAACCACAUAAAUGUGUCUCAACAAAGUGGACAUAAAUUAAAUUAUACUGUUUCUACACUGUAUGCAGAAAUUUGACCAUGACUCAAGGGAAUUAAAUUCAUGUUGGUCUAUUGUUGGCAAUGAAAGAUGAUCAUGCUCCUAAAAAUCUCUGAUACCCCAUAUUUUUUAUACAUUGGAAAAUAUGCAAAUUCAACCAUAUUGGAAUUUUGAAAAUAUGUUGAAUUUUAAAUCAACAUGGCAAAAUUUAUGACCAAAAAGUACCCAACCUGUGAUGCCCACGUCAGAGAGGGUGAAAUCUUGAGUUAAAAGUAAAACUGAUUCAGUAGAAUGAGGACAGAUUUGAGCCUGCCUACUUCAUUAAAAGCUCAUAAAGCAUAAAACUUGUCACUGAAACACCAAAUGGAUAACUCUAAAAUGGCAACAAUCAAUGAAUCUUACCUUAGAGGUUUAUUUUCUCUUACUGUGCAAAUGUCAUUUUUAUACCAAUAAAAGCUAAUGGUAUUUAUUAACAAUAUUAUCAUUAAGGAUUAAUUGAUUUUUGUUCUUUAUUUCGAUGUAUAGCUGAAGAAUGAAGUGUUGUAACAACAGUGAUGAUAGAACAGUGACAAAUUCUCAUUAAAAAAAAAACAAAAAAAACAA